AUGCAGCAAUUUUUCGAAGCGGAGUUUGAUCCUCCAGGCGGCUCAGAUGCAUGCAGAUUAGCCCAUCUAGAACUUAAAAAAGACACCGGACGUAGAUCUCAUUCCCGAGGCUCCGUUUCUGGGACACCCCUGUCGUUAGCACUGGACUACCACGCGGACUGCCUGGCAAUAUGCCUAAUUCUAGUAGAAACCAACAGCAGCCACAAUCAUACCACUGUCGUACCACUGUCGUACCACUGUCGUACAACUCCCAAGAUGAUUUUUCUAUGCGCACCAAGAAGAGCAUUCCGCCGGGGGUGGCCAAGAAUGCUUGUAAACUACUACUCAGCUUCGAGACGAUCCCUGGAACUCUGCUAUGCAUCUGCAUUAGCUUGCCUGCUCGGCGCCAACUAUGCAUUCCUGCAGUCGCCAACUCGAGAAUUUUUCAGCCGUGCCAUAAUGUGGCUUCAACCGCACAUGAUCAACUCUUGA